UUCAAAAUGAUGCAGAUCAGCAGCGACUCCGUCGGCAACAAGCACUCCCUCAUUAACGUCAUGCACCGCUUCAUAGCGGCCACCAACAACAUGGACGAGACCAUCAUGGUGCCGAGCCUGCUGCGAGACAUGCCGCUGGACGAGCAGCAGGCUAACAACAACAAUGAACCGCCGUGCAGCAACAAGCAGAGGGAGAUGUAUGAGCAUUACCUGCUGCUCAAGUCCAUAAAGAACGACAUGGAGUGGGGUCUGCUGAAGAGGGAGGUGAGCAGCGGUGCCAGCUUCCUGGAGAUGGCGGUGAAGCAGGAAGAGCAGCAGGCGGUGAAGGGAGACGUGCACGUGGAUGACAACGCUGACCUGCAGCAUCAGUUUCAUUAUCACCUCAGGGGACUGUUUGGCGUGCUCUCCAAGCUGACCAUGCAGGCAGACCACCUCACCAACAGGUACAAGAGGGAAAUUGGAGGAGGAAACUUCAUGAGAUAGAAGGAACUGCAUCGGUUUUCCUCGCCCUUUUCUCCUCAAACUGACUUGAAAUAGUGAGGUGUUUUGUGAUGCGCCAGAUCUUUUCCAAAACUCUCAGAUGGACGGUAAACUGACCAGAGCAACCACUCCUGGCUUCUCCUGCUACUAUCCUGCUCCUCCACCCCCUCCCAUCAAAUGCAUUAAAAAAAAUAAACCAGUGAUCCCUGCGCGUGUCGUCAGCCUGCCUCUUCUGCAGAGGCUGGCAUGUUCGUGCUUGGUGGAGGUUUACUGAAUCAAGUCCCGAUGAAGCACAGCUCUGAUUUUAGGCAGAACGAUUUCCCUCAUGUGAUCUGCAUUUCAAAUUUACAUGAAUUUCAAGUUGAAGUGAAUAAAGUUUCUGCCCAUAGGA